AUUACUUAAAUUCACUGUCGUUCUAACUACAUCUACAGCAAGUUCUAACUAACGACGGUUGUAACUGUUGUCUCUCAAUUACACUCGGACAACUCUAAAACAAGGGAAAAUGGGUGCUGUCCUUGCAGUUCCUGUAGGAUAUUUGUUUUACCACCUUCUGAUGACAGAGGAUUUGCAACCUUUACAUGGGAUAUACAACUUACCAACUCGUUAUUUCCAAUUUAAAAAGAUUGUUACGUUGUUGUAUUUAAAAAUUCGAAAAUGGACAUAUCGAAGAAGAUUUGACCUGUAUGACAUGAAUGAUCUACAGGAUUUAGUAAAGACAGGUUGCCUGCCGCCAGUUGAAGAAAUAAUUUUGGAAGAGCCUCAACCACCUACUCACGUUGCAAAAAACUUAGAUGAAAUUUUCUUUUAUGGAGUCAAGUCAACAGGGGAGUGUCUAAUAAUCAAAAUGUCCAGGCUAAAAAAUGAGAUAGCAGAAGUCACGCUGUUUCUGAGAACUGCUGAUGGCAAACAGUACAGUUAUCCUGACGGACCAAUGCGAUACGUGUCCACUGGAAACAGUAGUGGUUUCAGUGGUGGAGGCAUAAAAAUAACCUGUAUUAGCGCCAUGAGAAAAUGGAGGAUUUCUUUCAAUGGAAUUUUAAGAGAAACAUCUGAUGUUUUAGAAAAUACCAGAGUAGUCCAUGUGAAAUUCACUUUCAUCUGGAAGGCCAUGUCUGACGUUCAGGAUAUGACAAGCGACAUAGAUCCAGGUCACGUAGCCGAAGCUUUAGCAAAAGAGCCGUGGGCUGGAUAUUUCCCAAACAUUUCAAAGUUAGAAAAUGCCCUGAAUUUUUAUGAACAAGCAGGCCAAUUGUUAGGAACUAUUAUCGUCGGUGAACAGGAAGACGAACUCACCUUGUGGGGAACUCGUAGGCGAUCACUUGGGCAAGCUGUUCAGUUACAUCGUAGUGUUGAUUUUUUUGGUUUCACCACGAAUGGAAACCUCUUUCACGUUGGUGCUAUUUCCUUACCAGGAAUCGUCUCUAAUCUUGUCUAUGGUCAUUACAUCCACUCUAAUGGUAUGAUGUUCCCACUCACAUCUUGUGACUUUCAACUCCCACUAAUAGCUGAAAAUAAACAGAUUCCUCGUUCUGAAAAAUUUACUUUUGUAGCAGCCAAAAAAAUGUUUGAAUGUAUUGUAGAUUUUAGAGAUCAUCUGUGUGACUUUAUUAGUGAAAAUAACGAGCAAUACUUCAAACAUUCUUCCAUUAGUCUCAAUGGGAUUAAAGGUAGUGGAAUAUCAGUGUUCUUGUACAAGAAUAACAAACCUAAAAUUAUUCCUAUUCCCAACUCCUUAAAUAUAUUCUCUAUGCAAGAAACACCCACAUCGAGACCCCUAGUCAUUGACUUGGAACACCCACAUUGUCAAAUAACAGAGUUAACUGGCGGAAAGGGUUCUUCUCUUGGUAAAUUAAUUGCAAUAUCUCAUUUCACCAAUUCGUUUCUUGUACCUAAAGGUAUUGUAGUGACUACAGCAGCUUAUCACGAAUUCAUUAGGAAAGGACACUUUUGUGAAAUGUUGACAGUUUUAGAGGAGGUAGCUUGGUGUCGUGCCAAAGGAGACCUAAAGGAGAUAUGCCAACAGGUGAUGAUGGAUAUUGGUAAAACUAGACUCCCAAAAGAAUUGUCUGAGGCUCUACAAAAUAAGAUGAAGUCAACAUUUGGAGAAAAACUGAGUAGUCUCACUUUUGCUGUUAGAUCUUCAGCAUCAGAUGAAGAUUCAGAAGAUAUGUCAGCUGCUGGACAAAAUGAAACAUAUCUUGGGGUCCAAGGACUUGAUCAAAUCAUCCAUGCUGUAUCUAAAUGUUGGGCUUCGCAGUUCUCUUAUGUCGCCAUAGAAUAUAAACGACGUAACGGUCAACUAUUAAACUCUUCCAUGGCUGUAGUUAUUCAGGAGAUGGUUCCAGCUGAAGUCGCAGGGGUGAUGUUUACAUGUGACCCUGUGACCUCUAAUCCAGCAUUAAUCACUAUUACAGCUAACUAUGGACUUGGAGAAACCGUUGUUUCUGCUGCUGCUGAGCCAGAUACUAUUAUAUUAGGUCGAGAUUGUAAUAACAAGUUAACACAUAUUUCUACCAGUACUGGAAAGAAAAACGUUUGCAGUUUCAUUGACUCUAGUGGUCAGGUAAAAGAGAAAGCUCUUAUUGACGGGACGUCACAAGCCUGCCUAUCUGAGUCUGCCGCUUUAACUCUAGGACUUGUUGGAAUUUUGGUUGAAGAACAUUUUGGAAAUUUCAGAGAUAUUGAAUGGGCUAUGUUAAAAGAUAAGGUAUAUCUACUACAGGCUAGACCUGUUACAACAGUGGACACAGAAACUGAAUUUGAAAUCGUGCAUGAAAUGGAUAUACCUUUAUACAGUGAAGAAGAAUUUCUCAGUAAAGCUAAUGUAGGCGAAGUUAUGCCAGGAGCUAUGAGUCCCUUAGGGAUAUCAACUAACUUCAGCAGUAUCGAGACAUCAUUUAAGAAACUAUUUGUAAUUCCACCUGAAUUGUGUUACCCAUACUGUACCAAAAGUUUUGCAUGCAAGUUUAACCACAUUUUUUUCAAUUUAUUGAAUAAUCCCAUGUUUGGUGCGGAAAGCAACCUGACUACAUGUAUUGAAUUGUCAGUAUUUGCACGUCCAUUGAACAUGAAAGAACUAAAAGUUCGGAACAAAGAUCGACACAGUAUCAAGAAUAUCAGUUUAAUGACCAAGUUCAAGAUCCUGUUUUCAACAUUGAAAAACUUAGUUUUAGCAAAACAUGUCAUUAAAGACGUACAGGAACGAUAUUCAAGUUAUCAUAUUCCACUCAAUUGUAAUGAAUCGAAAGUAAUGUAUAAAAUAAUUGGUCAACAUCUUCAAAGUGGCACUCAUGAGCCAUUUAACUCUCAUAUGACUUGCACUUCAAGUUCUCAACUGUGGAAUGCACUACUUUUAAAUUUGUUAUUUUCUGCAGAAAAAGAAUGGAAUGAAAAAGUCUUCUCAGACUUUGCGUACCUCUUAUCUACCUGUACCAAUGUGGAGAGUGCUGACGUGCCCGCUGCUCUGGAAAAACUAACGUUAGAAAUUCAGAAAGAAAUUGAAAGUGAAGACUUUAAGAACAUGACACCAGAGACGGCAGUGAGAUGGCUAACUAUAAGCCAAUCAGCAGCUGGGAAGGCAUUUCGAGAAUUCCUCUAUAAACAUGGACACCGCUGCUGGAAAGAAUUUGAUGUAAACACCAUUACUUGGGGUUCUGAUCCAACAACUGUUGUGAAAACUCUUCAGAACUUGAUUGGAACUGUUAAUUCUGACACAGUAGUUAAAGAAGAAGUAAGUGUGGAAGAAGCAAUAAGAAACCUUCAAGUGUCCUUUUCAUGUUGGCAAAAGUGGCUAUUAUGGUUAUUUUUACCUCGGGUGAGAGCUGCAGUUCGACUACGAGAAGCUUCCAAGUCCGUGUUAAUUAAGGUUUAUGACGUAAUACGUCGUGCUUAUUGCCAUCUCGGGACGUUGUUGGUUAACGAAGGACGAUUACCCAAUGCUCGUCUUUUAUUCUUCUUGACUUUUGAGGAAAUCAACGAGUUAAUUCAGACCAGGUCAGCGCGAUUAAUUGCUAAAGCAGUUCGUCGACAAAGAAUUCACCCUUACUUGGACUCACUAUGCUUCUCUGAGGUUACCCGUGGAACCAUUAAACCCAUAAAUAAAACGGACAAAAUGUUGUCUUCACACAGCUGUAUGAUAGGUACACCAGUUAGUAGAGGAGUUACUCGAGGUACAGCGAGGGUCGUAACAUCCAUUGACCAAGCUGUCGAGAUACAGGCGGGAGAUAUUUUAGUGACUAACAGUACAGAUAUCGGAUGGAGUCCGUAUUUUCCACUUUUAUCAGGAAUUGUAACAGAGUUGGGAGGCCUAGUUUCACAUGGAGCUGUCGUUGCUCGAGAGUGCGGACUUCCUUGUGUGGUGGGACUUCAUGGAGCCACAAGUUUUUUCAAGUCUGGAGAAUUGGUCGAACUUGAUGGGAAUGAGGGAAGUUUUAAAAAAAUUUAGGAUUAAUGUUACGGAGAUUUUUUUUAAAACAAAUACUUUAUUUUUCAUCUUCAAAGCGUAUCCAUUUUAUGUUGAAAAAAGAAUUAUACAUAACAGUGUGUCAAAUAGUUUAAUUGUAAAAGUUUGAACUUUCAUUUUUUGUUAGAAAGUUUGAAUUUAUAGAAUACUUUGUAACAAAACCUAUGAGUGAAAAAAAAUAAAAUAUGUUUGAUGUAA